CAGCUGACGUUGGACCCCAACACAGCAAACAGACACCUGUCUCUUUCAUGGGGGGACAGGAAGGUGACAUGGGGGGCAGAGCAACAGCCAUAUCCUGAUCAUCCAGAGAGAUUUGACCGCUGGUACCUAGUUCUGUGCAGAGAGAGUCUGACUGGUCGCUGUUACUGGGAGGCUGAAUGGGAUGGAGAUGGAGCUGAGAUAGGAGUGACUUAUAAAGGAAUCAGGAGGAAAGGAGGGAGUUAUGACUGUGGGCUUGGAAACAAUGACACGUCAUGGAGUCUGUACUAUUAUCCUGACAGUUACUAUGUCCGGCACAAUAAUAAACGGACUUUCAUAUCAAUAGAGCCCUCAGGCUCCCACAGAGUAGGAGUGUAUUUGGACAGGGGGGCUGGUGCUCUGUCAUUCUACAGAGUCUCCUCUGAUGGACUGACCCUCCUGUACAGCUUCACCUCCUCAUUCACUGAGCCCCUCUAUCCAGGGUUUUAUGUUAAUAUAAACUCCUCAAUGUCUCUGUGACGUGUUGCUGGUUCUCCUGGCAAAAAGGUAAAAUCUCUGCUUUUUAACCUUUAUAAUCCUUUUUACUCUGAAAUGAAUGUUUGACAAAAAUAAA